UUUGCAAUAUUUUAAGACGUGCCGGACGUGCGUAUUGGAGGAUACUUUCGCCACCUUUCGCGUUGUGAGUCGGCAAAAAGGGAAAAUUGAAAACGGCUUUCAAGACAUUUCGGUAUAUAAGAAUUUUUCGUGUCGCGAUUCAACAUCGAGCGAUGUCGAGCACAGAAAAGAAACCGUUCUAUCGGCUGCCCAUUGAUGUCCAGCCUGAACAUUAUAAUAUUGUUUUGUCACCGAAUCUGAAAACUUUUGUCUUCGAUGGCAAAGAGGAUAUUCACAUUGACGUAAACAAGUCUACAGACACAGUCGUCUUGAAUUCACUAGACAUCGAUAUAAAGUCUGCAAUAUUCAAUGGCAAAGAUGGAAAUGUCAUUCCUACCAAGAAAAUCGACGUAUGUGCCUCAGAAGAAAUUGCAACCUUGGUAUUUGAAGAAAAUUUGCCAUCUGGUAGAAGUGGUCACCUGACUCUGGAGUUUGUUGGAGAAAUCAAUGAUAAAAUGAAGGGCUUUUACAGGAGCAAAUAUAUCGGGGAUAAGGAGGAUAAGUGGGGUGCGGUAACUUUCUUAUGCCCUACCGCGGCUCGUCGAGUUUUUCCCUGUUGGGACGAGCCAUCUUUAAAAGCUACUUUCACAAUAAAUCUCGUACUUUCUCGUGAUAUGUCGCUCUCUGUUUUAUCAAACAUGCCUAUCAAAAGCAAAGUAACAAACGAAGCUACCGAAACUUUGGUCUUUGAAAGAACACCGAUCAUGUCGACGUACUUGGUAGCGGUGGUGGUCGGUGAAUUCGACUAUAUAGAAGAUAAAUCUAGCGACGGCGUACUGGUACGCGUAUAUACACCGAAAUCGAAGAAAGAACAGGGUCAAUUUGCGUUGGAAGUAGCAACGAAAGUGUUACCGUAUUACAAGACUUAUUUCGGAAUCGCUUAUCCGUUACCGAAAAUCGACCUGAUCGCGAUCGCCGACUUUUCAUCCGGAGCUAUGGAAAACUGGGGUCUGGUCACGUAUCGUGAAACUUGUCUCUUGGUAGAUCCGCAGAACACGUCCGCUGUGCGAAAACAGUGGAUAGCCUUGGUCGUAGCGCACGAAUUGGCGCACCAAUGGUUCGGAAACCUCGUGACCAUGGAAUGGUGGACCCAUUUAUGGUUGAACGAGGGAUACGCGUCGUUUGUAGAAUUUUUAUGUGUCGAUCAUUUGUUCCCCGAAUACGAUAUCUGGGCGCAAUUCGUAACGGACACGUAUAUCAGAGCGUUAGAACUGGAUGGACUGAAGAACAGUCAUCCGAUUGAAGUACCGGUUGGUCAUCCUUCCGAGAUUGAUGAAAUUUUCGACGAUAUCUCUUACAAUAAAGGCGCGUGCGUUAUUCGAAUGUUACACUCUUAUAUCGGCGACGACGAUUUUCGAAAAGGUAUGAAUUUGUAUUUGAUAAAGCAUAGUUAUGCAAACGCGGAAACCGGAGAUCUUUGGGACGCCCUGGAGGAGGCCAGUAAUAAAAACGUACGCAGCGUAAUGUCAACCUGGACCGAGCAACAAGGAUUCCCCGUCGUUCGUGUUCAACAUCGUCAAGACGGUAGCGAUCGCGUUUUAACUUUGUCUCAGGAGAGAUUUUUGGCCGACGGUUCUAAGGAAGCCGAGAACAGUUUAUGGAUUAUACCGAUUAGUAUAAGCACGGCGAAGAAUCCGGAAGAGAGUAUGGUCAAUGGUUUAUUGGACGAAAGAACGAAGGAAUUUCGGAUCAAGAACGUGCCCGAAAAUCACUGGGUGAAGAUCAAUCCCGGUACAAUCGGUUUCUACAGGACUCAUUACAGUCUAGAAGCUCUGUGCCUUCUAUUACCUGCGGUACAAAAUGAUGAAUUACCUCCAUUAGACAGAUUGGGUCUGUUGGACGAUCUCUUUGCCAUGGUACAAGCCGGCCAUGCUUCUACCGUAGAAGUAAUGAAACUCAUGCAAGCAUAUCAAUACGAGGACAAUUUCACAGUAUGGUCUAGUAUAUUGAAUAGCUUAGGGAAAAUCGGCGUCCUUGUCUCCCAUUUGGAAUUCGAAAAUAAUUUCAAAGCGUUCGGACGCAACUUGAUGCGCGACAUUACCAAUCAAUUGGGCUGGGACUCUAAGCCGAACGAAAGCCAUCUGGACACUCUACUGCGAUCCCUCGUACUGGGCCGUAUGGCGGCAUUGCACGACGAGGAGACUAUACAAGAGGCGAAGAAGAGAUUCGAACUACACGUUUCUGGUACCACGCUUCUCGCAGCUGAUCUGCGUAGCCCCGUUUAUCGGGCUGUACUCUCUGCCGGCGACGCCGAUACUUACGAAACCAUGUUGAGGCUCUACCGUGAAGCGGACUUGCACGAAGAGAAAGAUAGAAUACUGCGAGCUUUGGGUGCGAUCAAAGAUGAAUCUCUCUUAGCAAAAGUCCUAAACUUCUCUAUGAGCGACGAAGUAAGAGCUCAGGAUACAGUAUUCGCCAUUAUGUCAGUCACAUCGACGUACAAGGGCCGCUUGAUGGCCUGGGAAUUCUUUAAGGAUAAUUGGAAAACACUAGUUGACCGUUACGGUGGCGGUUUCUUGAUCGCGAGAUUGGUGAAGUGUACUACGGAAGGUUUCGUAAGCGAGGAUCAGGCAAAGGAUAUUGAACAAUUCUUCAAGGAUCAUCCGACACCGGGUACCGAGAGGAGUGUUCAGCAGAGCCUCGAAUCUAUCAGAUUAAACGCGGCAUGGCUCGCUAGGGAUAAAGAUUCCAUCAAGGAAUAUUUGGCCGCUAACGUUUAGUAGUGGCGCGUGUUACUUCUUGUAUCGAGUUCUUGUCUCUAACUUGUUGCAGUCCGAACAACCGGCAAGGGUUGCUAUUUCGCGAGCGUACUAAAGAAAGAUUGAGUUGCUUCGAGUCGAUCUAAGGGAAAAGGAAAGUAGAGAUUCUCUUUUGACACGCACGACAUCGUAGGAUCUGCAUCUCGCAUACAGCGACUGCGUAAAUAGUUUUCUUGUUUUAUCGCAAAAUAAAAUUUCUUCCGGCGAAAUGUACUACAA